UAACAUUAAGUAUUAAAGUAAUGGACAACUAAUAUUACUGAAUAAUUAAAUUCUAUUCGAAAAAACUUGUACACAGUUGAGUAAACCUCAUUAUCUACGGUCGUCAGACCAAACUCCCCUCUGAGAUCUGAUAUCAAAUAGUUCCAUGAGAAAUGCCAUAUGGAUCAGUUGUAGGUACCCAUGUUUUGCAAUCGGCUGUCGAACACAUUUUGUUUCCCAAAACUAUAUUUGAGCAUUUAAAGCAGCUAAAACCAAUUGAAGGUUUGGAAGUUGUCAAAUCGUUUGUUUUGUACUCCUUAUCUAAUUAAUAAUAUACCUAUACAAAUUAUAUUUAUAGUGUGCCAUUUUUUUUUUUUUUAGUCGUUUAAUUAGGUACCUACAUACUAAUGUUAUUAUUAUUUAAAAUUUGUAGCCAAUAGAUUAAAACAGUGUGAAUUACCUGCAAGAAUUCUAUAAAUAAUAGGUAGAUACAAUGUUGUCAAAACUUAGAUUUCUCAGACCACCAGUUUCGUCAGGUUUGUAUAAUAUAAAGUCUAUGACGAAAUGUACAUUUCGAGUUGAGUUCACCUUUAUUUGGUUUUAACAGGUUCUAGAAUAAUAAGUGCCUUACAAAAUAAAAAUUACAGUGAUAAAAAGAAUGGCGGUGAAAAAAAUAAUAAAGAAAAAACUCCUCCAUUGAUACAGGUAAAUAUUAUUUUUAAUUAUAAGCAAACAAAAUUUUUCUUGAUGUCUUAUUACUAUCAACUUUUGUAUUCAAAAGUAUUAAAUUUCCCUAUUAAAUCUAAAAUUGCAUUGUAGUAAUUGCUGUUUUUACAUUAUUUGACAUUAAAAUUUAUAAAAAUCAUUUAAAUAAUAGAAAUAAUUUUUUAAGCUUUUGAUAAGUUGUAUUUUACUUAAAUUUGUAUAAACCUAACUUAAAGAAAAAUAGAACUAUAUUGAUAUUUUUAUGCUUAUAAAUAUUUUCAUAUUAUUUAAUAUUUGAAAUGCAUGAAAUAGUUUUAUUUUCAGUGUGUGUAUGGUAUUAGUUAAUUUAUUAAUUCUUUAAUCAUUUUUACUAUACUAUGUAUUAGUCAUCUGAUAUUUUAGAUGACUUAUUUGUUUAAAUAUAAACAUUUAUUAUAUACCUCGGUAAUUAAUAUCAGUAGUAAAAUUCUAACAAAACUAACACAAAAUGCUUAACUAAUGCCUAUUUUAGGUUAUUAAACCUGUUAAAAUCAACUUACCAAAAAAGACAAAAAAUAUUUAUGAAUCAAUCAAUAUGUCUAAUAAAGAAUCAUUAAAAACAGAAUAUAACGAACCUCCUUUAAAAACUAAAUAUUUAAUGACUAAGGUAUACUUACCAGUUACCACUUAUGAAUAAUUAUAUUUUAUUAUUUAUAUUUAAUAAAUUAUUGUAUUAUAUUUUAGGCUGAAUCUUGUACUAAUCCAAACUCACCAGAAAUAUCUCAAUUUUCUAAGCCUUCAGAUUCUGUGUCUGAAAUAAAAGAUAAUCCGCAAGAUGGUUCUGGAAAUAAACAAUCCUUUAGGAAUUGGAGUCUAAUUGGGGGAGCUAUUGUUUUGAGUGGAACUUUAUAUGGUGUAAGUAUUCAAGCUAUUUAUUUAACUUUUUAACUUUAACAGGUGGGUAGGUGUAUAUGUGGAACUUUAUCAUUAGAUAAGUUAAUGAAAUAAAAUGAUGUACAGGAUUGUCUAUCAGCCCCUACAGCACCUUAUUUUUCUGGGCUUGGGUUAUUGUAAGGUUUUUUUUAAUUAUUUUAUUGCAACUACUUCAUAGAAAAAAAAACUUCACUUUGCCAGUGCCAUAGAUGAUAUAAAAUGGUAGUAUAAUAUUUCUUUAAAAUAAAAUUAUAAAACAAUCACUCUGUAUUCAAUGAUUGGUACAUUAUCCGUAUAAUUAAUUUUAUAACAAUAACAUUUGUUUGUUUCUUUCUAAACAGAUUUGGAAUUCUGAAAUACUUAAAGAAAAAGAUACUGAUAGCAAUAUUAUAAAAGAGACGAAAAAAGGUAAUUCAAAAAUGUAUACUAUUUAAUUAUUUAUUUUUAAAAAUAACUAAUAUUUAAUUAUAUUAUAUUAUAUUUAGCAAAAAAAUCUCAUAAAUUAGUACAAAUUCCUUCAUUAUCUCAAUCAAUUCCUGAUAAUGUACAAUAUUUAUUAAUUGGUGGAGGUACUGCUUCUUUCGCAGCAUUCAGAGCCAUCAAGUCAGCUGAUCCCACUGCUCGAGUUAGUUAAUAUAUUUUUCAAUCUAAUUAUAAUAAGUAUUCUUCAAAUAAUUACCUAAUAUUUUAUUAUUUUAACUUAAGGUUUUAGUAAUUUCUGCUGAAGGUUAUCUUCCUUACAUGAGACCACCAUUAUCUAAAGAAUUAUGGUAUGGUGAUGAUGUUGAAAUGGCAAAAUCAUUAAACUUUCAUCAAUGGAAUGGUACAGCUAGAAGUCUAUUUUAUGAACCUGAACCGUUUUAUACACCAGUCGAAGAACUAAAUACUACUAAAAAUGGCGGUAUAUCACUAGCUCGAGGUUGGAAAGUUAAAUCAAUAAACGUAUCUGAAAAAAAAGUAAAACUUAAUGAUGGUAAAGAAAUCAGUUAUAACAAAUGUUUGAUAGCAACCGGUUCAAAUCCAAAAACUUUAAAAUUAUAUGAUGAUGCACGUGAAGAAAUUAAGGAUAAAUUUUCAGUAUUUCGAUCAAUUAAAGACUUUGAAGAUUUAUGGGAAGAAAUGAACAAUGUCAAAUCCAUUGCCAUUAUUGGUGGUGGAUUUUUAGGUAGUGAACUUGCUGCCUCAUUAGCCAAUAAAGGGAAAAAAAAUGGUGUUAAAAUAUAUCAAAUAUUUAAAGAAAAGGGGAAUAUGGGAAAAGUAUUACCAAAUUACCUUAGUCAGUGGACCACUGAAAAAGUUAAAAAUGAAGGUGUUGAAGUUAUAACAGAAACAGAAGUACAAAAUUGUACUUUAGAAAAUAAUGGCAAACAAGUCAAUCUAAUAUUAAAUACUGGGAAAAAUGUAAAUAUUUUAAUUAAUUGUAUAAUUAUUAAUAUUUAUAAUUUGUUGUUUAUUAUUGUUAUUAUUUUACAAUUAUUAAACUUUAAAUAAAUAAAUCAUUUUCUUUUUAAUAAUUACUUUUCAGAUUGUUGUUGAUCAUGUUAUUAUGGCAGUUGGUGCUGUACCUAAUACGGAACUGGCUACUGAUGCUGGAUUAGAAAUAGAUUCUAAACUUGAUGGUUAUUUAGUAAAUUCUGAAUUGCAAGCUAGAACUGAUUUAUAUAUUGUUAGUUUCUAAAUAUACAUUGUUUCAAUUUUACAUGAUAUAAAUAUUAAAACAAAUAUUUACUAUUAAAAUUUUAUUUUUAGGCUGGUGAUUGUGCCUGUUUUUAUGAUAGUCAAUUUGGUAGGAGACGUAUUGAACAUCAUGAUCAUGCCGUUUUCUCUGGUAGAUUAGCUGGUGAAAAUAUGGCUGGUGCUGGUAAGUGGACUAACUGUGAUUUGGUAUCGCUCUGAAUUAAGUAUAUAAAUUGAAUAUUUGUUGAAGUUCAAGAAUUUUUAAAUUUACUUUCUUUAUAGAUAUAUUUUUUUUUAUUUAUUUUAUAAUGUAUACAAAUGUGAAGAAAUAUACAAAAAAUUGUAUUAUCUUAUGGCUUCUAAUAUUUGUGGUUUUCAACAGUAUAAUUUCUAUUAAGAUCAAAACAAUUAUUAAUAUAUUUUUUUUUUUUCAGCUAAACCAUACCAUCAUCAGCCCAUGUUUUGGUCUGAUAUUGGGCCUUUAGUAGGUUAUGAAGCGGUUGGAAUUAUUGAUUCUUCUCUAAAUACAGUUGGUGUAUUUGCUAAAGGAAAUCCUAAAGAUACAACUCCAUUAGCUAAUGAAACACAUCAGAACAUACCUACCAGUAAUGAAGAUUUAGAAGUUCAAUUGAAAUCCAAUGGUGAAGCUCUAACUGAAAAUGGUUAUAAUAAAGGUGUCGUUUUUUACUUGAAAAAUGAUGUAGUUGUCGGUAUUGUGUUAUGGAAUUUGUUCAAUAGGAUGUCUAUAGCACGCCAAGUGCUUAAAUCAGAUAGAUGUUACAGAGAUCUCAAUGAAGUUGCUAAACUCUUCAAUAUUCAUAGUGAUUCAUCAUGAUGACCAUACUAAAUUAAAAUGUAUUUUAUCAUUGUUUUACUGUUACACUAGUAUUUUAUAUGAGAAAAAAAUGAAAGCUUUACGCAUAUGUAAAAAUUAAUAUAUUUUUGUAUAGACUGAUUCUCUUUUAACAUUUUUUUUUUAUUUAUUUCAUAUUUUAUUGACAUUCCUUCUUCUAAAGUUGUUACUUCACUAGUUAGUUAAAUGUGUUCACUAAUGAAAUGUUAAAACUAAUCGUAUAAAUGUUAAUUAAUGCGAUUUAGUGUUAUUAGUUUUUAUGAAUAGUAUUAAUAUUAUCAAUUUAUAUGUUGUUUUUUUAGAUAUUCACCAAGUAGUUAAUGAAUUCAG